AGGUACUUCCCUAUUCUGUUAAACUGCUGUGUUAAUUGGCAAAGAAACAGUGUCCUCUUUCAAGCACGGCCUGAAACGUUUCUUGGACUAAAGAGAACGAUUUUUGGAAGUAAAGAGAAACUUGUCUUUUUGCCUUGGACCAAACGGAUUCAUGCACCUGGAAUGCUUGGAGAAUUAUGAAGUGACACAUUAGAUACUCCUUCUAAGUGCCAUGUCAACAGAAGUGGCAUUUCAGUCCAUUGAGGAGUGGUUGAGCUCCAUCCAUCUGGAACAAUAUGUAGGACUUUUUGAGGCACGUGGCUUUCAUUCAGUCUUACACUGCAACAAUGUCACUGAUGAGGACCUUAUCAAGAUAGGGGUUUUGCUUCCAGGUCAUCGCAAGCGUAUCCUCUCAGCAGCACAGAAAUCAUUUUCUGAAAUGAUGACAUCAGAGAUAAUGGAGCCAAGACCAGUCCCCAAAAAAAGGAACAUAUUUUUCAAGAAAUCAAACAGUGGAUCUCAGAUUGUAGCAGCGAGACCACUAGACAACUCAGAGCAUACCAGUGACAUGAGCAGUAGUCCUGAAUUUGAGUUAUUUCAAGGGUUUACUCCUCCUUGUAUUGAUCAAAGCACCUCUUUUGCACAAACAAAGGAUCUUCCACCAAUCCCACCACGAGUGGGUUCUCGGCCACCUAUCAAGUUCUCCACUGCAUUAAGUUCAUUUUCUUCAGGUUCAUUAGUUUCUUCUAAGUCAUACUGUCAUUCAGAAGCUGUGCUAGAAAGGCCUUUGUUCUCAGACUCUCCUCCAUCUUCUUCCAUAGUUCCUACACUUCCACUGGAAAAAAGAGAAAGUUUUGAGACUGCAAUAACUGCACAUGAGGAGCUGGAUCCAGUACUGCCCCCUCUACCAGCUAAACGUUAUCUCAUUGGAGUGAAAAACCUAAAACCUCCUCCUCCAGUCCCCAGGCAUACACCUAGGGUCCCACCAAGGACUGCGCCCAUAAGGUCAGCUAGAGUAACUAAAAGUAACUUACAUGCUGCAGAUGUUACAGCUCCGAGACAUAUGGAAACAACAGAAAUUCACUUAGAGGUCCUGCAGAAGGCAAAGAGCCAAUCAUUUGAAGAAGUUUCACACGAUGUAGAAGAAAUUCCCAGUGUGCCUCCACGAACUGUGUUCCAUGCAGUCACUGAACAUCAGACUACAAGCCAGCCCACUGUGCCACCCAAGUCCAUCGCUCUUCUAUCAGAGCUCAGAGCUUUAUCUCUUGAUCGUGUAGAGGGUGAAGAUGAAGAUGACAGCUUAGUGUCCACUCCAGAAGAAAUGGCUGAAAAGUAUGAAUUUGAUUCACUGGUCAGAGAUGGUCCCAAGUGCAUGAAUGAGUACCUCAGCGAUGAUGACCUGAAUGAAGAUGAACACAAUUACGAGGAGGUGCCAAUGAAUGGUGGUGGCUAUCUGACAGAUGACAGUCCAAGCAUUCUUCAGUCGAGCAGCUCUUUCUCCUCAUCGGAAAGUUCAAGUGUUUAUAGCACAAGUGGCAGUAUCAGCAGCGAUGCACCCGAGUUGCCCCAUUAUUCACCCAUCAUUAAAGCUGGGUGGCUGGAUAAGAACCCACCACAGGGCUCUUACAUCUAUCAAAAACGCUGGGUGAAGCUGGAUAAUGACUACCUUAGGUAUUACGACACUGAUAAGGAUAUGUACUCAAAGAGAUUUAUCCCAACCAGCUCUAUAACUCGUGUUACCAACAUCGGCGACCAGAAGUUUGAAGUGAUCACUGUCAACAGGAACUUUGUCUUCAGGGCUGAGAGUGAUGCUGAGCGGAGCAGGUGGGUCAAAGUCCUACACCAGAUCAUUGACAGAAGAAAAUCCGGGGAUAGUGAACGUACACACUUUUGCCUGCAUAACAUAUGCAACAUUGAGACAGUUGACAAAAGUGGAUAUUUAGAGCUACGUGGCUGUAAACCCAAACUCUAUGUUGUUGUGUCCGGAGAUAAGGUGUUCCUCUACAAGAAUUAUGAUGAUUACAAGUCUGGCAUUGGCAUCACAUCCAUAGAGAUGAACCUGGGAAAUGUGAAAGAUUCUGACCGAAGGAGCUUUGAUCUCACAACACCUUAUAAAACUUUCAGCUUCAUUGCCGACACUGAUACAGAGAAGGAUGACUGGAUGGAAGCCAUGUUGCAGUCUAUUGGUGAUGCCUUGUCUAAUACGGAAGUCGCUGAGCGGAUCUGGGAAGAAAAGUCCAACAGAACAUGUGCAGACUGUGGUGACACAAAACCAGAAUGGGCAUCCGUCAACCUUUGUGUUGUUAUAUGCAAAAAAUGUGCAGGUGAGCACCGAAGCCUUGGCCCAAACAUUUCAAAAGUACGGAGUCUGAAGAUGGACAGGAAGAUUUGGACUGAAGAGCUAAUUCAGCUAUUCCAGCAGAUAGGUAACUGCAAAGCCAACAUGUUUUGGGCUGCAAAUGUGCCUCCUAGUGAAGCCAUUGAUUGUGAGAGUAGCAGCAGAGAAAGGAGAAGGUUUAUCACAGCCAAAUAUAAAGAAGGGAAAUACCGUCGCUAUCAUCUACUGUUUGGUAAUCAGGAGGCACUCAAUAAGGCCCUUUGUGCUGCGGUGGAGACAAGUGACGUGGCUGAAACCUUGUCAUUAUUGUUUUGUGGGGCUGAGGUAGGCUGUUUCUCAGGAGACCCUCGUUAUCCUACUCCAUCAGCUCUUGCAGAGGAAGCUGGCCAGAGAUUACAAAAAGAGCUUCUCGCUCAGAACAGAAGUUCAGAAAUUCCCCGUUUGGAAUCUACCCGUGAUACUGUGGUAAAACAAUAUUAUAUGCCUCCUCAGUCUAUCACGUGUAAUGGCUUCUUAUACAAGACAGCCUCCAUGGUGAGGCCAGUAACCGAAAAGCGUGCUAAAGAAGAUUUCAGCCGUCGAUGGUGUGUUUUGAAUGAUGGAGUCUUUAGUUACUAUGAAAGUGACAAAAACUCAACGCCAAAUGGAGAGCUGAAAAUGCGGGAAGUGGUCUGCCUGUCUGUAAAUAAGAGAGACACCCAUGGGUAUGAGCGGACAUUUGAGAUCUAUACCGAGUCAGAGCGUCUCUACCUCUUUGGGACCGACAGUGCAGAUACUAUGGAAGAAUGGGUCAAAUCUAUUGCAAAGUCCUUUGUACCACGCACUGCUGAAGCACUUGUAGACCAUGACUUUGAGCGAAUUGGCCGACUGCAGUACAAGGAUGGCCUAAACCUGGAAUGUGCUAAAGUGGGCUGGUUUGCCCUGACAAAUUCAACCCUCUUCUAUUGCAUUGAUGACACAGAAAAAGAGGAGGCAAUACAGCUAAGGAAGCUACAGGAACUCUCCAUUCAGUCUGACAAUGAAGUCCUUGUUUUGGUGGAGGGAAGAAGAACGCUGUAUAUUCAUGCAGAGAGGAAGUUGGACUUCAGUGGUUGGAUCAGCACUAUCCAGAGAGCUUCAAGCAGUGCAGGAGAUACCCUGACAGAACAACAGCUGACAGAAGGAGAUAUUCCAGUAAUUGUGGACAAAUGUAUUGACUACAUCACACAGUAUGGCCUGACAUCAGAAGGAAUAUACCGCAAAAGUGGUCAAAACUCUAAGACAACCAGCUUAUUGGAUAGUUUUCGGAAGGAUGCACGCAGUGUGAAACUUAAGGAAGGUGAUCACCAGGUGGAUGAUGUCUCCAACACAUUGAAGAGGUUUUUCCGAGACAUAAAGGAAGGAAUCUUUAGUAAAUUCUAUGAGGAUUGGUUGCAGACAACAGCCAUCAAUGAUGAAAACCAGCAGGUCCAGCAGUACCAGAACUUGUUAAACAAGCUUCCCAAAGUCAAUAAACUGACACUACAAUCCCUGAUUAACCACCUUUAUUGUGUACAGCGAUUCUCAGAUGAAAAUCAGAUGAACACCCAUAACCUAGCAAUUGUGUUUGGGCCAACACUUUUCCAGACAGAUGGGCAGGACUACAAGGCUGGGCGAGUUGUUGAAGAUCUCAUUUCUCGCUAUGUGGUUAUAUUUGAUGUUGAUGAACAGCAGCUGAAAAAGCGACUUGAUGAAAUCAGUGCUAUUAUAAAACUAAAAAUAGCUGUAGCAUCAACAGGAACUCAGCAAGCUGGUGAUUUUAUUUGCACAAUUUAUUUGGAAGAGAAGAAGGCAGACAAUGAACAACACAUUAAGGUCCCUGCUUCUAUGACAGCAGAAGAGCUUACCUUUGAAAUUUUGGACCGAAGGAAAAUCAUAAUGCGGGAAAAAGACUACUGGUGCUGCUUUGAAGUCAACGAGAAAGAGGAUAUGGAACGCCCGCUACACUAUUCAGAGAAGGUUUUACCUGUUUUGCACUCCUUAGGGACAGAUAGCUACAUGGUCGUAAAGAAGCACAUUUCUAUGGAGGCCAUGCUAAUUUAUAUUGCAAGUAAAGUGAAUGUGACAAAACAUGGAAUGAUGAAAUUCCGUGAAGAGAGAAUUUUACUGGGACUAAGCACCAGUGCUGGCUUUCAUGACCGCUACUUUAUCCUAACAAGUAAUACGUUACGACUUUACAAGGAGGUGCGGACUCUUAACAAACUGCAGAAGUCAGCACCAGAGCAGAGCCACAAACCUGAAAAAGAGUGGCCAGUAAAGAAUCUCAAGGUUUAUCUAGGAAUUAAGAAGAAGUUUCGUCCACCGACAUGCUGGGGAUUUACUAUUGUGAAUGAGGCUGAGCGAGCAGAAAAACAACACUGGUAUCUGUGCUGUGACACACAACAAGAGAUGAGAGAAUGGUUUGCAACCUUCAUUUGUGCACAGAAUGAAGGUAACAUCUGGCCCUCAGAGUCAUCAAGGGUGAAAGUGUCACGGGCCUUCCAGGAUUCCAGGUUGGGUAGCAUCUCGUUGAUCCCACUUCGGGGAAGUGCAAGUCAGAUUAGGAAGAGUGUGGCUGCUUUCUCUGUUGACCAUCUUGCUAUGAUCAGGAAUGAAGAUGCAUGAACAAUGUGGUCUUGUGUCAAGGAUAGUGUUCUGGAGUGAAGAGAUCUAGUAUGGUCAGUGUGUUGAACUACUGAGAACUACUGCAUGAGCAAAGGAGCUGUAAUUGGCAUAACUUUCUAUACAAAUACUUCUUAACCAUGCCACACACUGGAACAAGUGCACGUCCCACUAUCACUAGGUACAUCUAACCAGUGGACUUAUAACUUAGAACGACUGAGUGUCCUUAUGCACAUGUAUAGAAUUUACAGCCAAGAAACCCUUCUCUUUGUAGACUACCUUUGUUGACUCCCAAGAGACAUGCCAGCAGAUACAGAACAAAUGUCUUCAGAAGAAGGAAGAGACAAGUGUGUUUGUCUGUAUGUUCCUGAUGAUUCAGAUGGUGUUAAGUACAUAUCUGUGGACCAGAAGCAGCAUGGUCUCCUGCAUCUUAUUCCAUUCUUUAACAAUGAUGCUGGCAUGACCUCACUUUUGACUGUACUUCAUUUCCAGACUUUCUUUACUUUUGAGCAAAAGAAGAAAAUGAAAAUUUUUGAGUUAAGCCAAGAUGCUCUCAAUAUCAGAGGUAGAAUUUUUUUUUGAAGGAAUUAACUGGUUUUGUCUCAAGGCUGCUCAUCAGUAGUGGGCAGUGUCGCAGAAAGUCCCUGACAAGGAGAUUGCAUGUAAACAUGCCAGCUUAGGAACUUACAGAAACACAGACUGCAAAAUGGUGGCACACGGUGCUUUGCCACUUAAAUGUUUAUGGUUACUACAGCAUUACCCAAUGACUAUGAAGUGGUACUUUGAAGUAGUAUGUUAAUGUAUGUAUGCAUUUAAAAUGUCUCUGCCAUCAUUUAGUAUUUUGAAUGAGAAGUACGGAUUAUGGCUGCUGCGGUGUAUAUAGCAGCUGUGCAGUAUACAGGUGGCUGAUAUGUUCUACUCCUGCCUAUGCAAGCAAUGUUUGUAGUGCACCAUAGAGAAAAUUCUAGGAAAAGUCCUUCCACAUGAUAGUUUUGGUUGCAGGUGCCUACACUAUUGUUAUGGAAGCUUAGAGCAGUCAACAUUACCCUGUUUACAGUCAUUACAAUAUUUUAAGCCUGCUGGCUAGUGUUGUAACAUGGGAUAGUUAUGCAUAACGAGCUGCUGUGAAGUAUGCUUAUUUUAUGACAUUUAGCUUCUUUUACCUCAAUGAGUAUCCCUUUGAAAGGAAUUUGAAUGUAUGUUUCACUAGGAAUGCCUCAGCUGAAGUGUGUAUGUGUGUGUGUGUGGGGGGGGGGGGGGGCUAA